AUGUCUUUCCGAGACGUCGAACCGAAAGUGAUUUACGACUUCUUGGGGGAAAGGCGGUCAUCUCCGGGCCCAGGCCUCUUCAAUACAUACUUCGCAGACGCGCUCUGGUCCCAGCGCUUCGAAGACUCCCACAGCUCGUCCGGGACUUCUCUGAGCGACCCUCACUCUUCGGAAGACAUGCUCCCCCCACCCUCGCCGCCGUCUGAAGGUUCCCAUGGCACCCUUGACGAUGCCUCCUCGGCGGCUACACCGGAGCCUCCGCUGUCCAGCUCCCCACCCUUUGAGGAAGUCCGGAUCGAUCAGUCGGCACGGGCCGCAGAUCUCGUUGACCUUCGUCAGGGUGAUGACAAGUUCACAACCCCCACCUACAUCACCCAGCAGUUCUUGCCCAGACCAACGAAGCUCAUCAUCGCCGACAAGCCCAAGUCCAGGUCCAGGGUUGUACAGGAUGUUGACAAGACCAACCAAGUUAGAGGCACCGGCGCAUGCAACAGGUGCCGUCUUGGAAAGGUCCCCUGCAGUGUCUCUGGUACCUGCCCUGCUUGUGUCAAGGCCUGCCCUCUGGCUCCUGAAGUUUGCUGCAUGCGCAAAGACAUGACAUCAACUGCCAGAGAUCAUUCUUCCAAACGAUUCUCGGGCUUGGUUCGAAAGGAAGACAACAUUGUCAAAGACACACUUUGCAGGGCGUGCCCAGAGUUUGGAAAUGACCUCUUCGAAGGGCAGAUCUUUCUCGACCGCAACUGCUCAGGCUUUGGGCUUCAGGCUCACCUUAGAAAUUACAAGUGCAUGGGCCCUGGCAAUCAGAUUGCUCACAGCGGUUGUACUUUUUCUAAGACUGAUCUUCAACCGGCUCUGUCUCAGCAACAUUUAGUCGCGCUAGCUGGACAGUCGCUCUCCCAAGAAGAUCUCCAGACUUUCGAGGGUGCCAUUGAGUCUUUCAUUGGAUUCUAUACCGCGCCUCAUCACUACGGUGCUCGUCAGCGUCCCCAGUUUGCCCUCCUUGAGAAGCUACGUACCUUCAAGGCAGCGUAUAGAAUCUGCCGUUCUGAGAAACUAUGGUUCCUGCAAAAAGACAAGGGUGUCGUAGAGCUUCCUUUGCCAGCGCAGGCGGAGCUCCGCGGUGUUGCCCGCUCGGCGCUCGACUCGUCAGAGAGAGACAUCCACAGCGAGCUCGACAAGUACCUCAAGACCCCAAAGAUCCCAGACCAAGACAAGCCAGUCGUAUGGGCCGCCCUGUGGCAGCUGAUGUUUGUCUACCGCGACCUCCUGCGAGGGGUGCGGCCCUUGCACAACAGCGCCGAGGCCCUCUUCAACGCGGUCGCCGUGUUCUACGCGACCAUGUUCCGCACCACUGCGGCGCUGAAGUGCUUGGACAGCGUUCAGGCUUGCUGGCUGCCGAAUGAUGCGCAGAGCCGUGAGCUGGCUGGGGCGUUUUCCUAUGCUUUGAGCCUGCGCGAUACCUUCUAUCAAAGCAUCGUUGCAGGAGUUCACGCCGUUGACCAAAGUCUCAAGAUUCUGGUCGUGGAUCCUGAGAUGAAGGUACUGAAGCGAAGGCCGGCCACGGCCAGGAAAUCUACCGGUGUCAAGCGGGGUGCCGCUCAUGUACAUGAUGAUGAGGAUGAGACUAUGGGUGGUUGCUGA